AGUUUACGUGGUAGUUUCAGUUUAUAUUUUAUUUUUCUUAUUACGAGUAGUAAUCUUUGAUAAAAACAACAUGAAUAGAAAAGAAAAAGAGAAAUAUAUUCAGGACUUUAAUUUUCCUUACUGCAAAAAUGUUAUAAAAUAUAAAAAAAUCGUGAAAAUUGGUCAAGGUACAUUUGGUGAGGUAUUCAAAGGAAUUGAUACGACAAAUCCUAAUAAAUUUGUAGCACUGAAGAAGAUAUUAACAGAAAACAAAUUGCAAGAGUUUCCUAGAACUGCAUUAAGAGAAAUAACUUUAUUAAAAGCAUUAAACCAUGAAAAUGUAAUAAAACUUAUAGAAGUUUGUAGAACGAAAGGAACAUUGGAAAAUCAAUAUGAAACCUCAUUUUACAUUGUAUUAGAAUUCUGUGAGCAUGAUCUAGCUGGUUUAUUAUCCAAUCCAAAUGUUAAGUUCACUUUAGGAGAAAUUAAGAAGGUGCUUCAACAAAUUUUAAACGGUCUUUUUUAUAUUCAUAAACGACAAGUUAUACAUAGAGAUAUCAAGUCUGCAAAUAUUUUAAUUACAAAAAAUGGUAUAUUGAAGAUAGCUGAUUUUGGUUUAGCAAGAUGGUUUAGUGAAGUAAUGGCUAAACAAACAAAGGGUUAUACAAAUAAGGUCGUUACUCUUUGGUAUAGGCCCCCAGAAUUACUGUUGGGAAGCAAGAUGUAUGGUCCACCAAUAGAUAUCUGGGGUGUUGGAUGUAUAAUGGCUGAAAUGUGGAUAAGAAUGCCUUUGAUGCGAGGAGAUACUGAGCAAAAGCAAUUAUUAUGUAUUUCACAACUGUGUGGCUCUAUAACGAAAAAAGUUUGGCCAAAGGUGACGGAAUGCCCAUUGUACAAUAAAAUGAAUCUGCCCGAAGAUCAAACAAGAAAGGUUAAAGAAAGACUGGGGAAAUUUAUAAAAGAUUCUAACGCUCUUGAUUUGUUGGAUAACCUUCUUCUUCUUGAUCCUGAUAAGAGGAUUGAUACAAAUAAUGCAUUAGAUCAUGACUUCUUUUGGACAGAUCCAAUGCCUUGUGAAUUAAAUGAAAUGUUAGCCAAACAUUCACAGAGCAUGUUUGAAUUUCUUAUACCAAGGCGAUCUGGUAAUAUUCCUCCUACUCGAGUACCAGGCGGUACAUCAAGAUCUAGUUCAAUUACAAUAGAUAGUAAAUUUCAAGAUAGAAUUUUUUAAAUAAAUCAAUAGAAUUAUUGUGUAAAUGUUUAACAAUAUGUCGUAUGGUAUUUCUAUUUUGUAUUAUUUUUUAUAAAAAUGUGCAUUAUAACUUAUGCAACAAUCCUUUUUAUAUCACAGUAACUACUAUGUAUUGUCUCCCUCUCUCUCUCUCUCUCAUUGAUAGUACAAAAUAAAUUUAUAAAACUGUUUAUAUACUUAAAUAAAUAAAUUAUAAUUUAUAUAAUUCUUAUGAUAAAUUCAUUAUUCUUUCAUGCUGGGCUUCAUUUAUUCCGUGUAUGAAAAAAAUCUUGACGCAAUCUUGAAUUUAAACUAUCGUCGAAGACGCAUAUAUAACAAUGCAUGUAAAUGACGUAUUUAAGAUUAAAGAUUGGCAGUUGUUAUGCACGCAUAUAUUGUUGAAGGCAUUUAUGAAGUGGUAUUGCCCAAAUAAAACCUAAAUAAACAUCGUUAUCGCUCGAAUUAUCUUGUUAAACCGAGUAGUGAUCGAGAGUAACCUCUCGAGUGUAAAGGCUUAAAAUAGUAUUACGAAUGGUAUCUAUAUUUCUAAGCAAGUAUACAAAAAUAUAUUCACAGAUUUAUUAUUAUUGUUUUAGCUUUUGAAAUUACUUGAGAUUGAUUGAUUUUUAUAUACAAUACU